UACCAUAACAAAAUAUUAUUCACUUCUAUAGUCCGCUGUUCGGCCGGGCCCUUGUUUUCAAAUUUCAGCCAUGGGUAAAACAAAAAAAGAAAAUCCGGUUUGGUCAAUGGAAAUACCUUGUAAUUGAAUUAAAUUUUGGCCAAAAAAUUCAAUCUUAUUAAGAGUGUAACGAGUUUAGUUGUUAUAAUGAGUGAACCACAGUUGAUAAGUUCCAACAAAGGGUGUACGAAAUUUUGUUGGAUGGGACAUAUGUAUGUGCUUAAGCACACAGGUAAAACGUUUUUGACUUGGAGAUGUUCAAAGUCGUCGAGUAUAAAUUGCCCAGGGAUCAUCCAUACUUCGUUGGAUAACACGUCGCCUAGGAUUGUAAUACCACACAGAUUAUCGCAUAAACCUGACCAACGGGAGGUCGACAAAGUUGUAAAAAAGGCAGAGAUUAAAAACCAAGCUAGGAAUAGCGCGAUAAAUCCGGUAGAAUCGUUUACUCAAGGACCGUCACUAAUAGUCGAACAAACCAAGACAAAACUUAAUUCUACGACAAACGAUUUAAUUUCAGAUGAACAAUGCCAACCAACAGAAAAAAGAGGCAGAAAACGAAAGAAGGACGAGUUUGAUGAAAAUUCGCUUGGCUUAGACGAUCCAGUUCUGUCGGCAGUCAACGAAGAGGAAGGUCUUCCCAGUGCGGCAAAGAAAAACGCAGAAAAUGAAAUCAACACCGUUGAAGACGAAUUUGGCGCCAAAGAUUAUCGGUCGCAAAUGAAUCUAAAACCCGAUCACCCGUCUCGUCCAUUAUGGGUUGCCCCCGACGGUCAUAUAUUUUUGGAAUCGUAUUCUCCGGUGUAUCGACAUGCUCAUGAUUUCAUGAUCGCCAUCGCCGAACCCGUCUGUAGACCAACACACUUGCACGAGUAUAAAUUGACAGCGUAUUCCUUGUACGCCGCCGUGAGUGUUGGACUCGAGACCAAAGACAUUAUCGAAUACUUGAAACGUUUAAGCAAAACCAGUAUACCCGACGGCAUUGUAGAGUUUAUUAAUAUUUGUACGUUAUCCUACGGCAAGGUCAAACUGGUGUUGAAACACAAUCGUUAUUUCAUCGAGUCGCAACAUCCGGAGAUAUUACAAAAGUUGCUCAAGGAUCCGGUCAUCGGUUCUUGUCGUCUUAAACGUCUCGAGGAAACCGACGAACUCAUUAGAGAAGAAAAGAACUUGAAAACGGCACACUUCCCGGGAGAGUCGUCGUCAAAGUAUAAAGAUGAAAGUGCAACGAGCGAAGUGGUGCCGAAAGACAUCACGGACCUGUACGAGAAAAUCGACAAGGUCGAAGAAGAGGAAGAAGAAAAAACACAAAAUUUUGUUUCGUUCGAAGUACGACAAGAGAAAAUCGAAAUAAUACAAAAACGGUGCAUAGAUAUCGACACGCCUUUACUUGUUGAGUACGAUUUCAAAAACGACAAAGUCAACAAAGACAUUAAUAUUGAUUUAAAACCACAAGCGACGCUAAGGCCGUAUCAGGAAAAAAGCUUACGGAAAAUGUUCGGCAACAGCCGUGCGCGAUCGGGAAUCAUUGUGUUGCCUUGUGGUGCUGGAAAAAGUUUGGUUGGCGUUACGGCUUGUUGUACUGUUCGUAAGCGAGCGUUAGUUCUUUGCAAUUCUGCAGUUUCCGUAGAACAGUGGAAGUAUCAAUUUAAAAUGUGGUCAACGGCCGACGAUAGUUUAGUAUGCAGAUUUACAUCGGACGUCAAAGACAAACUAAUGGGGUGUGGUGUUUUCAUAACUACUUACUCGAUGAUCACGCACACUCAGAAACGAUCGUGGGAAGGCGAGCAGACUAUGAAAUGGUUGCAAGAUCAAGAAUGGGGUAUAAUGGUGCUGGACGAGGUACACACGAUACCGGCGAAAAUGUUCCGACGCGUGUUGACGUUGGUGAAAGCGCAUUGCAAAUUGGGUUUGACCGCCACCUUGUUGCGAGAAGACGAUAAAAUAGCCGACUUGAACUUUUUAAUCGGUCCUAAAUUGUACGAAGCCAACUGGCUGGAACUGCAACAGAGAGGUUACAUCGCCAAAGUGCAGUGCUCGGAAGUGUGGUGUCCCAUGGCUCCGGAAUUCUAUCGGGAGUACUUGGCCACGAGAACGAGCAAGAAAAUGCUUUUCUUUGUGAUGAACCCUAACAAAUUCCGGGCUUGUCAAUUUUUGAUUCGCUAUCACGAACAACGCGGUGAUAAAACUAUUGUUUUCUCGGACAACGUGUUCGCCCUCAAAGAAUACGCAUUGAAACUGAGCAAACCGUUUAUUUAUGGGCCUACGUCGCAGGCCGAAAGAAUUCAAAUUCUGCAAAAUUUCAAGCUAAAUCCAAAAGUCAAUACCAUAUUUGUCAGUAAAGUGGCCGACACGUCAUUCGAUUUGCCCGACGCCAACGUACUCAUACAAAUAUCGUCUCACGGCGGUAGUCGUCGACAAGAAGCUCAACGUCUCGGUCGUAUCUUGCGUGCCAAAAAGACUGCCAUCGCCGAAGAGUACAACGCAUUCUUCUACACGUUGGUGUCGCAAGAUACAAUGGAAAUGAGUUAUUCGAGAAAACGACAACGGUUUCUCAUCGAUCAAGGUUACAGUUACAAAGUGGUAACCAAACUUGCCGGAAUGGAGGAAGAUCCGGAACUGUUCUAUGGCAGUAGAGAAGAUCAAGGUCUGUUGUUGAGUAAAGUGUUGGCUGCCAACGAUACGGACGCCGACGAGGAACGUAUGCCUUACGAAGGCGGCACUUCUUCUAAAAACUAUAAGAAAAUGUCCGGCAAAAUGAGUUCCAUGUCUGGCGCGGACGACGCUGUUUACGCUGAGUUCAGGAGAAACUCUGGCGUCAAACAUCCGUUGUUCAAAAAAUUCAGAAAAUGAGUUGUUCGUUAUUAUUAUUACUAUUAUUUUUUUUUUUUUAUAAGACUGGUUGUUUAAAUAAUUUAACGUGUGAGUUAAACUUUGUCUUUUGUACUACUAAAAUACUAAUUUAAGUUCAAAUAUUCCAAAAAUAAAAUUACCCAUUUAAAUUAUUUAAACAGACAUCAAAAGAGACAUUUGUUAUAUUAUUUCAUCCGUUAGCGAUAUAUUUAGAGUAAUGUCGAUAAUAUAAAACCAAAGUAACGAUAAUUAAUUAACGCUACAAUUUUAGUUAUGAUUUAGCAAUUUUGUGAUUUAAUUUAAUUUGUUGUUUUGUUAUACUUACUAGGCAUACUUUGUAUCUAUUACCGUGACAUAUGUUAACGAUUUAAGUCCGUUGUAGUCUGUCGAUAGACUCACUUGUAUAUUCAUGACCAAAACGCUUACGUCUACGUCAAGUAAUAAGUAAGUGGCCGUUUAUCAUAUUUUGUUACUGGCACUAAACCUUAAAACUAUCAAUAUAUUAUUACAAUGUAAUAUUUAACAUAAAUAGCAUUCU